AUGCAGAUAGCUUCAACCCACAACCAUCAAGGGUCUAGUGCUCAAAACCACGCGUCACGAACAGCUGAUCAAGAGCAUUUGUCAAGCUCGGGCUACGAUGGCCAGUUAGGACCUGUCUCAAGCAACCCAGACGAGGGUCUCAGGCAACGGCAAUUAAAACUGAGGAGAGAGGAAUUUGAAAACUAUGAAGUAUUAGAAGUUCCCGAAGGAGGUCAUCAAGCAUGGCUAGUAGUAUUCGGAUCGUUCAUGGGAUUAACUCCUGUUUUUGGUAUGAUCAAUUCUCUGGGAGCUAUUGAAUCCUAUAUUUCCAAAAACCAGCUUGUCAACGAAUCCUCUUCAAUGGUCUCGUGGGUUUUUUCUAUUUAUCUGACACUAACUUUCCUUGGGUGUAUUUUUUCCGGAGGUUACUUCGAUAGAAAUGGCGGAAAGGUUCCGAUGUGUUUAGGAACACUUAUGUUUACUGGUGCCAUACUAGGAACAGCAAAUUGUGAAACCCUUUGGGAGUUUUUAUUGGCUUUCUCCGUCUUGGGCGGGCUAGCUUGUGGAAUCUUAAUGACGCCAUUGGUAAGCUGUGUUGCUACAUGGUUUGUUGAAAAAAGGGCGAUCGCCACAAGUGUGGCAACCAUAGGGGGAUCUAUUGGCGGUGUUGUCUUUCCUUUAAUGCUGAGAUCUCUAUACUCUACUGUAGGAUUUCAAUGGGCACUACGAAUUUUGGCUCUUGUCUGCGUAUGCUGUCUCAUGUGUUCAAUUGCUUUCGCAAAGGAGAAAGAUAAAUCACAAGCAGAGCCAUUUAGUAACAGAGCAGAGGCGCUGAAAUGGUAUUUUGGUUCAGCAUUGAACUGGCGGUACUUUUGCGAAUGGAAAUUUCUCUUUGCAGCGUUGGGCAUGAGUUUUGCCGAAAACUCGUUAACUGCCUCUUCCACAUAUCUUGCUUCUUACUCUCUCGCCCAAGGGAACUCACAAGAAGUUUCUUAUGCUCUGAUUGCUGCAACAAAUGCUAUAGGGAUUCUAGGGCGCUAUAUCCCCGGUUACUUGGCAGAUAAGUAUACAGGAAGGUUCAAUAUGGUUAUAAUAACUGUAUUUUUCGCUGCUGUGUUCAAUUUAGCUCUUUGGUUACCCCUUGGAGGAAACGUUAACGCUUUGUGGGCUUAUUCUAUUCUUUAUGGGUUUUCUGCGGGCUCUAUUCUGUCGCUGACCCCUGUUUGCAUAGGCCAAAUAUCGAGAACGGCAGACUUUGGUAAGAGGUAUGCAUCCGCAUAUUUACUGGAGGCUCUAAUGACAAUCCCUGUCAUUCCUAUUGGUGGUGCGAUCAUAGGACCUGGAGAAAUUACGAACUAUAAUAAUUUCAUCGUGUACACUUCAUUAAUGAUGGUCGCAGGAUCUGCUUGCUUCGCAAUUUCGCGGCAUUUUUGCGUGGGUUUUACUUUGCGGAGGUUUUAG